AUGGCUACAUCGGCUUUCGAUCGACAUAUCACACAAUACGCGUGUAUACACCCGGGUAACCAACCGAGGCACGCCGUCCAAGAGCUCACCCCUACGGGCCCUGGAGUGGUGUUUCUGAAACCUCAACCGUUGAUUAUUGAGGUUAUUGAGCGCCUGGUGCUGUCGAGUACGCCACUCGCUGGACACCCGGCGAUUAUGAGGCGCGUACAAAUUAUACAAGCACCUUACUCAUUCAAGAAAAACAUCGCCCGUACGGUUGAGGCUCUGGUAGUCCUGGACACCCAUUCUCUCGUCCGACUGAUGGUUGACUGUCCGGUUGUAUUGACCGCUGAAUUCACGCGCGUGUCUGAUAUUACGGGGCCGUUGGUUCACCUCGAUAUACUCUAUUAAUAUUGCAAAUCACAAUCAUAUACUUGGGUUACGUUGUCGCUAGCGAUUGCCCUGACCCAAAACAAAUUGAACCAUGCAAAUGCCUUAAAACUCUUCAAGGUACUCCGGACCUUAUAUGCAUCGGCACAGAAAUCACCGAUUUAUCGCACAUUAAUUUUACGACAAUUUACCAUUAUCAUAAACGUUUUCUAAACCUGGUAAUUAGCAACACCUCAAUCGAAACUUUAACUAAGAACAUGAUAUCAGAUGUCUAUUAUCAGCACCUACAUAUUAUCAAUAACCUAAAACUGAGCAACAUUAAUUUUAACAACACUUAUAUUUCGUCGCGAGAUAAUCUAGUAGAUAUCCACUUAAUUAAUUCGCCCUUGAUCACUUCAAGUUACGAUGUGUUUUAUUUGGUCAGCCAAUUGAAACCUUGGAAUCAGAUAACAAUUCAAAAUGUGAACAUUGAUCAUAUACCGGAUUUUGCGUUCACAGAGAAUGGACACCUUUAUAGCUUGACAAUUACCAACACCUCGGUCAAAAGUAUAGGCAGUUACGCGUUCGAGAAAUUGGUAAAAUUACAAAAAUUAAAUUUGAAAUAUAACAUGAUUUCAAAAAUACCAUCAAACGGUUUUACAUUUAACUUGGCUAGCACGGUUAGGCAGUUGGAAAUUAGCCUGGAUCACAAUCAGUUAAACGAAAAUAGUUUCGAUGAUAACUGGAUCAAUAAUCGUCAGAAAGUAGCUUUAGUAGUGUUUUGAACGAUCCGAUGAUUAAAUAUGUAUCGGUGUAUGGAAAUGAUUUUACAUGCGAUUGUUGGGUUAUGUAUUUAUUGAGUAACAUGGCUCAAUUCAAUCAUAAAGUGUCCUAUAUGUAUUGUAAGAAUUCGGUGAAUGCCCCAAGGGAUCUACAUAAACAUAUUGAAGCAUACAUUUGCUAAAAUAGUAAAAUAAAAUUAUUGAUAAAGAUUAAAAUGUUAUAUCCAAAAAUAUUUGAACCGUAGACU